AUGCUGACUCUAGCAGGAGCGAUCACGAAGGUUCAAGACAUUCUGGCAGCAGACCUGGGGGAAAUUGCACUCAACGCCUACCAAGAAGAUACGUACCCGGGAUCUGAAGAACACCCCGCCAUUCUGCAUACCACCUUUAGCUGCAUACCAGCUGCAGUGUGCGGUCACCAAGCAAAUUGGGGAGGCGACGAACUUCCGAACAAACGAAUAGCAAAACGCUUCUUGACUGCAGAAGUCAUUGUCUCACGACGCGCUUCAGGAUAG